GAAGGGUAAAAACGAAAGUGAAAGCAGAAAGGACAGACGUGAAGCCUAGCAGAGGACUUUUCAGCUCCUCACUGGCCCCACUUGUCUGACCCACCCAUCUGCCCGCGACCCCUAAUCCGCUCUGCCUGCCCCAAGAUGCUGGAGCCAGCCCUGGAGACCCGAGGGGGCUUCUCCUUCGAGAACUGCCAAAGAAAUGCGUCCUUGAAAAGCGUCCUCCCGGGACUCAAGGUCCCUCAUGCACGCAAGACCGGGACCACCAUCGCGGGCCUUGUGUUCCAAGACGGGGUCAUUCUGGGCGCCGACACGCGAGCCACUAAUGAUUCUGUCGUGGCGGACAAGAGCUGCGAGAAGAUCCAUUUCAUCGCACCCAAAAUCUACUGCUGUGGGGCUGGAGUAGCCGCGGACGCCGAGAUGAUUACACGGAUGGUGGCGUCCAAGAUGGAGCUACACGCGCUAUCUACGGGCCGCGAACCCCGCGUGCCCACGGUCACCCGCAUCCUGCGCCAGACGCUCUUCCGGUACCAGGGCCACGUGGGUGCAUCGCUGAUCGUGGGCGGCGUAGAUCUGACUGGACCGCAGCUCUACGGUGUACAUCCCCAUGGCUCCUACAGCCGUAUGCUCUUCACGGCCCUGGGCUCUGGCCAGGACGCUGCCCUGGCGGUGCUAGAAGACCGGUUCCAGCCGAACAUGACGCUGGAGGCUGCUCAGGGGCUGCUGGUGGAAGCCAUCACCGCAGGAAUCUUGGGUGACCUGGGCUCCGGGGGCAAUGUGGACGCAUGUGUGAUCAUGAAGUCAGGCGCCAAACUACUGAGGACACUGAGCUCGCCCACAGAACCCGUGAAAAGGUCUGGUCACUACCACUUUGUGCCUGGAACCACAGCUGUCCUGACCCAGACAGUGAAGCCACUAACUCUGGAGCUAGUGGAGGAAACCGUGCAGGCUAUGGAGGUGGAGUAAAAUAGGCUUGAGACUUAGAGCUUGGAACAAGGGGAAAUAAACCCAGAAAAUACAAACAGCUAAA